CAACACGCCGCAAAACACCAACCGUUGCCACAUUCGCCACUGUAUGCGCUCUCUUUCCCUUUUUCUUCCUUUCGAUAUCUGCAUCCGCGUUCGUUGCAUCUUGCGUUAGUCUACGCGGCAAGAAGACGGAAAGCCGACAGUAUGGUGAGUGCUUCAUCACUAUCGUUGUCGUGAGUGAGUGUUUAUUGUUCCUCACGGAAUAGUUCGGUGAUCAUUCAGUGAAUCCGAUUUUAUAUUUUUUAAUAACCAUAGCCAACGACCUGCUACACUCUGUGCUGUUGCUUCGAUUUUUAUUCGGCUGAAUCUCGGUAUCGAACUCUCUCUCGUUCAGUCUGUAACUUAAUGAUGCUCACCAGGAGAAAAAAACAAUGAUUUUCUCAUUUUAAUUAUUGCAUGUUUUAUUUUAAGUCAUAAAUAUUUGAUUGCAUUUGAUAUUUUCAUGUCUUGAUUGUUCUUGAUAGUCGUUGACUUAUGAAUGUUUUUAUUUUAUAUAAACGAUAUAAGAGAAAAGUUAAUAAGUGUUAAUAAGAGAAAAAAGGGAGAGAUGUUAAUAAGAAGAAAGAAAACAAAUUUAAAUUUUCAAGUACUAUUUUUAUCGUUAAAAUAAUAACCAAUAUGUGCAUAGACAUUCCAGAAAAAUUUUCUUUUCGAAUACUUAAGUUAGCAUGAAAAUUAGUGCUUUUGUAUUUUCGAAAAUUUUACUAGAAAUUAUUUACACCAGGCGGAUCUCUCAUAUAUCCAUGGUGCGCUCCUUGUAUUAGCACUUUUUCGUGAUUUUCUACCUUCGUGAUAUUGAGAUAUAUUUCCUUAUCGUCUUAAUUCAUUUGGAGGCCUUCGUUUAACCACCUUACUAGAGAUACCAUAUUUUCUCAAUAUAAGCAAUAUAGCGGGACAUGUUAAGCUUGUACAUCCUUUUUCAGUUUCCGCAAAAUGUAUGUGAUUUUAUUUUAGGCAAUUUUCUUGGUAAAAUACAUCGCUAAUUUCUUGUUUCUUUUUUCUCUGAAUAUAAAAAUCAAUGUAAAAUUUAUCAGCAUUGUUAACAUUGGUGCCGAAUACAUUUAUAAAUAGGAGUCCAAUUAUAAUUUUGCGAUAAAGUUUAUUUUAAUAUUACUUAACUCGCGAUGCAAGAUUAGCAAAUAUUGAGGGCGUGUAUGUUAAUAUUGAUCCAAUGCGACGCGAAUAAAGUGAAAAUACAUAUCACUUAAUCAAGAAAAGGAUUUGUCCACCUACGUGAACAUUAAUACUCAUUUCUGUUAAGACGCGAUGAGUCUAUAGCUUUUUAACAAGUAGUCUGGGCGACGUAGUUAUAAGAGAAGGGCAGUUGCGGACAAAGUUAAUUAAAGUAACGUAAGGCACCGCAUUAAUCUUGCUCGCAACACCACGAUAUUGCUAUAAACACGAUAUUAAUAAUACAGAUAAUAAGACGCCGAUAUAAUUUAUCGUGACGCACGCUGGACGACAUGUUGGUCGCUCUUGUUGCACCUGUUGUAAUACUAGCUGAUCUCGACAAAUCAAUUAUGCAUCGUCGAGUGAAAGCACUUAUUAGUAACUUCGUGCUUUAUCUCAGUCAUGCUUGAGAUAAAGGUAAAUUGAAUUUUUUAUCAACAUGCACAAUCGAUCCCUCUUUAGCAAAAAAACAUUGAGAUAUCGACGUCUGACAUGUAAACAAUUUAGAGAAAGAGAGAAGAUUUUACUAAUGAAACUAAGAUCGUGGAAAAUCGCUUCAUCGCAGUUUGGACCUUCAACGCGAUGGCAAUCCUCUGCAAUUGGGCACUCGUGUCUUCUUCGGUACUGAUACCACCGAAAGACGAGUCCAGUCUAAGAAUCUUCAAGGAGCCGUCAAACGAAUUCGAAUACGUAGCAAAGAGACACGGUAUCGAUGUUCGCAAGGAAGACGCCGACUCCAAAGAGAGACGCAGCAGCAUGAGUUCCUCCUUCAUCAGGUUUGGACGCAGCCAGUCCGCGUUUAAUACCGAUAAUUCGGACUUCGAUAGUGAGGCCGACUCGAAGGUCAGCAGAUACCCACGAUGGAAAUCGCCGGAUAUCGUCAUCAGAUUCGGUCGGUCCAGUUUCAAGACCGCUAACGUUGAACAACUGAAACGCGGAAGAAACGAUAAUUUCAUCAGGUUUGGUCGCAAUAUACAAAUUGCGCCGGCGGACGUCGAUUUGUCUACGGUGUGCUCGGCGCUGACGUUGAACGGCGUGUCGAGCGACGCGGAGCUUCAUCCAGACGGGUUGAGGCUGCUUCAUCUUUGCAACAGUCUGAACAAGAUCGCUGGUGAGAUAAGCUUGGACACCUUCGAGGAUCAAGCUGUCUCGAGGCAUCGGGAAUAAAUUUAUUACCGGCGCUGUCGCUAUUCGAAUCCGAUGGCGGACAUCAACGAGAAACGCAACGCUCUAAUUUAUUAACAAAACGAUUCAGCCAUGAUCCAGCUGGCUUUGAGAUAACGACUAAAUUGUGUCACUAUCAGCGCGCUCGUACUUAAACAGAUUACACAUUGAUCCGUUAAACGAUCCCCCUGUUAAAUCUGUUGCAGCACAUUCCUGCAAGGAGUCCCUUGCGAACUUGCAAAGAAACGACAAAUUCCACUCGCGGAGAGCUUGCUUUUUCUGCUUAUUCGUUAACGAAUUGAAAUUACAAACCUAAUUUACUCUAUUUACGAUAAUAUUUUACAGUGGAAUGUCUAUUAUUUAUUUAUAAUUUUACCUAUGCGUUUAUUAGAAAAAUAACAAUUCUGGCUGGAUGUAUAAAUGUGGUGUACCUAGAGGAUUAAUAAAAAUUAUUUUCUCGUGUACUUAUUUAAUCUUGAAGAAAAUCAGUGUUAAAAAGGGGAGAAUCACACACACACACACACACACACAGAGAAUAUUUGCAAACUGAUAGCGAAUACAUAAAUUUUAUAUCGGACACUGCUGUACAUCCACCUGUAUCACGUAUUUAAUGUACAUAUGAACUUGGCGAUCCGUUAUUUCCGUCGUUGAAAUACUGUCAAUGUAUUUCGCUAUUGUAAUCGUGCGCAUUCUUUCCGUCACAUUUAGCGUGUCGGUGAUAACAGCGGAUUUGAUUGGAUCUGUUAACACGCAUAAAAGACUGUCUACUAAAUUUACCAAAUGAAAAUUUAAACAUCUGACAUAAUAUAUAGAUGCAGCUGUGCGAAAAAAAAUCAAAUGCUGAUUUUCAGACUUCCGGAUUUCUGUUGAAGAAUUAUAUAUUGGAUGUAUGUGCAAUAUAUUAUGUUUUAUAAAAUGGAUUGUCGCAAACCGACUCCUCUAUCGAACAUGAUUAUUUUACGUCUAAUCUCAAUUCUCCGCUAAACAAUACAAUCACUUGUAAUGAUCCACAGUGAGACGAGCUGUUUGUAUAUUGCUAGCAUACACGCUUUACGUCAAUUGAUGUGCGAUACCAUUUACUGCAAUGAUGCAUUCAAUCGAUUCGUCGCAAAUAUCUUCGCAAGUUGCAGAAACGGUAAGACUUACUGUUACAAUAAAUGGUGGCUGUCGAUCUAGCCUAAUUCUAUGAUAAGUAUUAUAAGAUUUUUUGUCACAGCAUCAAGAUGCGUAUAUUAUCUUUUCGAUAGCCUAAACGCCGUUAUUAUGAUGUAUGUAAAUUUAAUACGUAACUAUAUAUAUAUAUAAUUAAAGAGAAAGUGGC